GCCACCUUAAAGCCCACCCCUUUUAGUCACUCAUCAACAUGGCGACGCUCAGAACUCUGAGGGAAAGCAGGAGACGUAUUUACGCGUUUUGUUUGGUUAUUUUCCUCCAGCUGUUCAUCGACGUCUGCAUUUCACAAACACCUGAAAGCCUCACAGGAUUGCACACUGAUCAAAGAAACUCAAGCGAGGCGAACGAUUCAUCAACUACAGCAAGUCCACAGAACACAGCAAUUGAUGCCAUCAAGCAUACGUCUGCCGAGCUCAAAAAUGAGAACAAAACUCAUCUGGCAACCACUUUAGAUCCUGUGGUCAUCAAAAAGAAUUCAUCUGUCAUGGCACCCAAUACAUCUGUGGACCACACGACUAAAACGAUGGAUUCAGCACAGAAAAACACUCCUGCACAAGUCAAUACUACCGAAGCCCGUCCUACAAAAACGACUCCAGAUUCUACUCCAGAAGCUCCCGCCUCCAACGUGUCCCAAACAACAAAACCUGUAACAGAAGAAAGAGCUGACUUCAAACACACCACCACAACAAACCCAUCCACAGUGGAGAGCACCGAUCCACUGCUGCUGAGUACAGAUAAGCAGCCCGUCAUCUCAGAUGAUCCAUCGGACAAAUAUGAGGAAGACUAUGGAGACGUUUUAGGUAAUAAUUAUGAAGGAAAAGAAGACAAGAAAGACCAAAGUAACAUCAAAGAUCAGGUUAAAGGGGCAGAUGAAUUUGACAGCUACAACUCCGAAGAACACGACUCCCACUUCUUCUUUCAUCUGGUCAUCCUGGCCUUCCUGGUGGCCAUUGUCUACAUUACCUACCACAACAAGAGAAAGAUCCUCCUGCUGGUCCAGAGCCGACGGUGGAAAGACGGUUUAUGUUCUCGCAACAACGUGGAGUAUCGCCGCCUGGACCAGAACGUCAACGAGGCCAUGCCAUCCCUCAAGAUGACCAGAGACUACAUUUUUUGACUGACGCUCCUAUAAACGUGUCACAUGUCCAGACCUGCAUGAAGAGAUUUGGUCCUCCUUGUCUCGCCACGAGCAUAGUACAGAUGCUUUGCUUUUUCUAAUCAUGUUGUACUUUACAGCAGGGGAAAUAAUUAGAAGUUAUUUGGAGCAACAUUAGACAGGUGGUGGCCUUUUUUUUUUUGACUUUUUUAUUUUAAAGAUUUAUGCUUUUUUUUUAUGUAUAAAUUCCUUUUUUUUUUUUUUUACAUUUUGAUUUAUGGAAGGUUUUUUUCUUAAGUCUUAUGGUCCCUGUACGACUGCUUCUUUACUGCUCUUGCAGCAUUUUUUAUUAAUUCUCCAAGUUAGUUGAAUAAAUUAGAUGAUGUGACCUUUAGCUCCUAAUAGCAUUCCUAAAUAUUGUACUUUCACUUAAAUAGAAUAAAAGUAGAUUUAUCUCUCAGUAAUCAAAACAAGUUAUAUACUGGCACACAACGCACUUUGUGUCGUGCAUUUAUUUAGAUAAGAAAGCAUUAACUAAGCAGCAACCAUGCCAAAUAAGGUGAAAUUAUUCACUUAUUUGUAAAACUAUUCACUCGUCUACCUUCAUUGCGCCUGUAGAUAAAACAAGGAAAAUAUUGAAGCUUAAUUGUUUUUUCUACCUGUACAAAUAAAAACAUCCAGGGAUGUUUUUAUUAUAAUAAAUAAUAAAUACAAUUUGCACAAUAUAUUGAACGUUUGUCUUUAAGUUGUUUCCUCACUCUCUGGGUUUUUUAAAAAUGGUUUCAGAGAAUGCGCAGUGGCCUCCUUUUUAUAAUAUAGCUUUGGUUUAUGGAUGUAAAAUUAAAUUGCAGGGGGUUAAAAAUGCACAUUAAGAAAAUGAUCAGGGGAGGAAUACUCUUCAGGUGAUGGAUAAUCUCAUGUGCUUAAGCCAUUUCAAAACAGAUGGUGUAUACAGAAUGGAAUGUACCGCCUGAUGUAAUUUAUUGGAAAGUCUUUUACUGAAAGACCUCUUUGUUUAUCUUGAUCACCUUAUAUUUAAGCUACCGGAUACCUCCUCUACAUUUAUAACCCAGAUUUUGCUGUGCAGAUGUUCUGUGGCCGCCCUUCUGCUUUAUGGCUUCGAUGAAGCUUCUGUCAACACACCACCAUUGAUGCAAUAUGUAAUUGUACCGUUUUCUUUUACCCGUACAGCGUGCCGGUUGGCUUUAGCCAGUGGAUAUUAGUCACUUAUGUUUUCACUCUAACCUGCUGCUGAAAAAUAAAUGUGCACCAAGACAUGAAGACAAAUCGAUUUCUUUCUUUGUUUCCCUUCUCUUUUCUUCAUCACAACCACAUCUGUUGCCUUUUCAAGCCUUUUUGUUGAAAUGCCACCUUGUUGGACAGGUUCAGGUGUGUCGUGUUUUACAUGUAUGGUCUAAUGUGAGUUGGCAGAUCUGCACUGUACUGCUCAGACAUGCUAGAUAGAAUAUGGGGUACACCCUUAUGCUCAACACUGCUUUUGCAAUCGACUCUGUGCAAUAUUUUUCUCAAUAAAGCACAAAUUGUAUUAAUCUA